AUGUCCACGCAUGCCGUCGCCCCGCAGCCACGCUCGCUGUUGCUCCCGUGCGCCACCGCGCGCAUCGCCGCUCCGGGCCGAGGCCGCUUCCACCCUUCUCCAUCCAACCGCCCCCGGCUCGCGUCUCGAGCUGCUGCUGCCGCCCCCUGCCUCUGCAGCUUGUCGUCCCGCACUCCGUCACGAGGUCGCGCCUCCUCCCCUGCCUGCUGCUGCAGCCGCCUAUUCCCCGCCUGCGCGCGUACCCCGGCGCCGCUGUCCGCCGCGGCCCGCUCCCAGCUGCGCCCGCUCGCCUCCAGUGCUCGCCCGCCCGCGCUGCGCCCCUGCUCGCGGUGCGCGCCCUGCCGGCCGUGCCCGCUCGCUGCUCGCUGCCUCGCUGUCGUGCCGCGCUUGUCGCUACCGGCCGCCCCAGGCGACCCCCGACAGCGCCACACCAAGCCUCUCCCCGCCUGCUGA